AUGUCUGCCAUCUACAUGAGCCAGCUCUCCACUGCCCUCCCUCUCAUGGAGGGAGAUCAUCACCAAGAUCAUCAUCAUCACCACCACCAAGGCCACUUCCAAGCCUUCACGCUGCCAAAGGAUCCCCCAAUCCUUUUUCCCUUUGUGAUCAGCAAUAGUAGCGCCAGCGAAAGCAGUCUAAGCUAUGGAUCGGCAGACCAUCACUUGUUGAGGCAGCAUCGUCAUCAAGCUAUGCUCGAGACCCAACAUAUGAUUGGUGGAUCAUCAGCUGCGAGUAGUGUCUUCGCGACGCCGUUCCCGACUAUGGAGAGCAUCCGUGACGACAUGAUCGAGCCUGCCUCGUACGAUCCAUACGAUAUGGGGAAGCUGCACCAGGUGGUCGGUGGCGGGUCGAUGGAUGCUUGCAGCUGGACGCCGCCGGCGGCCAAGAUGAGGAUCACGAGGAAGGCCACUGCCGAUCCCAGUGGUGCUGCGGGGAAGAAGCCGAGGAGAAGGGCGCAUCAGGCAGGGUACGACGCCGACAUGAACAUGAGCGGCCAACCAAAUUUGGGUGUUAUUAGGUCGCUCUGCAACGCGUGCGGUAUCAGGCAGCGGAAGGCGCGGCGGGCGAUGAUGGCCGCCGCCUCCGGCUCGGGGCCAGCAAUGCCCACCGACAGCGGCAAGGCCUCGCCCAGCAACGCCGCCGCGGCCGCAGCAGCACACCCCAAGGUGAAGAAGGAGAAGAGAGUGGACGUGGACCGGUCGCUGCCGUUCAAGAAACGGUGCAAGGUGGUCCAGGUCCAGCAGGAUCAUCACGCUGCGGCCGUCGCAGCUCCUGCCGCUGCCACUGACAGGGCGGCUGUCGUCGUGCAGGCCACCGCCGCCGAGGUUGGUGACGACGACGCCUGUCCGAGCAGGGACCUGCUUGUCGACGACAUUGGCGGGCUCAUCAGCUGGAGCAGGAGUCCGGCGGCUCCCGCAUCUGCAGCUGCUGCCUCCUACAGCUUAUUCCGGGCGUCGCCGGCGUUGCCGGUGCAGCAGGACGAGAUCACGGACGCUGCCAUGCUGCUGAUGACGCUGUCCCGCGGGCUUGUCCGGAGCUGA